AUGUCCAAGGCAGCAGGCCCACAAGUGAAUUGCAAGGCUGACUCCAGAAGAAGGAACUGGGGGCUGUUGGUGACUGCUGGUGUUGGUGGGACCUUGGUGGCCCUAUAUGCUGUGGUUACCCCCUUCGUAAUCCCAGCUCUGAGGAAAGUGUGCCUGCCCUUUGUUCCUGCAACUGCCACUCAGAUCCAGAAUGUGCUGAAAAUGCUAGAAAACAGAAGCGGCUCCCUAGUUGACAUUGGUAGUGGGGAUGGCCGCAUUGUGAUAGCAGCUGCAAAAAGGGGAUUCAAAGCUGUUGGUUAUGAAUUAAAUCCCUGGCUAGUUUGGUACUCCAGAUACCGUGCCUGGAGAGAUGGGGUACAUCAGAACACCAAAUUUUAUAUUUCAGACUUAUGGAAGGUUUCUUUUUCCAGCUAUACAAAUGUUGUUGUUUUUGGGGUACCUCAAAUGAUGCCACAGUUGGAGAAGAAGCUAAAAGAAGAACUUGAAUGUAAUGCCAGAAUCAUUGCCUGUCGUUUUCCUUUCCCUUACUGGAUCCCAGAUCAUACUACUGGAGAAGGAAUAGACACUGUCUGGGCCUAUGAUUUGAAGCAUUCUAGAGGAUGUGAAACAAAAAACUUGAAAAUUACACCAGAUACAGAAUCCUAA